UGAAAUGUGUCAAAAUUGAUUUAAAACAGUCUAAAAUCGGUUAAAAUACAAAGUCAAAACUGGUUUAAAAUACAUUCAGGGGAUGAAAUGUAUAAAAUUCAUGAAUAGAGUUUAAAAGGUUAUUUAUGUAUGUUUACUAUGUAUUCAGAAGAGUUGUGUUCCUUUAAAACCCCUAAUAUUCAUGGGAAACGUAAUGUUUGGUUGGUUUGAAGUCAGGACAUGUAGACUGCUGUGCACCCUAACCUGUUUUCAAGCUGAAAUGUCAAUCAUUGUGUUUCUGUAUUACCAUUGGUGUAUUAAAAAAUUAACAGCCAAUCCAAGCUUUUCCCUAUGCUAAGGGGCGGGACAAGUGGCGCUGAUACUGUGACGGUUCAGGAAACAUUCUCUCGCUGUCGUGCUAAGAACGUAGCGGAGGCAUCGUAUUGUGGAAAACAUUUUAAGUGAAAUAUCUGAAGGUCGACUAACCGUGGUCCCGAUAUUUACUUUUGGUGUGAUCUGCAUGAAGGAGACAGACGUGGACGGAGAGGACGUAGAGGACGGACGGUCGGAGCGUCGACAAGACCCUGCUGUUUCUUCUUUUCUUCUUUUCGCGGUUUUCCCCCCUGUGAUUCCUGCGGACGAGUGAUGAACUGCACAUCAUUUACCAGCUGGCCUUUGUGAUCGUUUUUGCCCCCAGUUCCCCCUGCUAACCACACAAACUGCUCAUUCGGAUUUUGUAAGUACUAAAACUAACAUUAAUGUGCACAAUUUUAUUUCAUGCUCUACUUUGAGUGAAGCGACCUCACAGUUUCGGGUCCCGCCGCACCCAAGCUCCGAACCAGGCCUGCAACGGGUUCCUUCAGUGUUCUGUAUGUUUGGGGAGUGGAUAUGUGUGUGUGGGCCCACAAUUAUAGGAAACAGUGUGUGAAUUUUGUUCUGACUUUAUAUGAAACUGAUUCAAGAGGAUUGGUUGAUUUAAAAGGACAUCAGUUGAUUUAAAAGUAUUAAAAGGUACAUUAAGCAAAAGGUGGUUAAAACUAUUUAAUUUGGAAGGUAUAUUGUUUGAUUUAAUUUUCUCAGAGAUUUCACUGAAUUACAUUUAUUUUAUUCUGUAUGAUUCUGUUUUUGUUUUUUUUUUUAAUAAAAUACCAGUGACAAAUUAUUGUAAAAAUUAAAUGUUGAGUUGCUGUGGUUCUUUAGUAGGUUAACUAUAUACAUAAACUGACACCGAACUCAGGCCCCAUCCCAUUGUACUAACUAUUCAAGACAUUAUUUUAUAGCUACGUGAGAUAGGGGUUACAUAAAUGGAGGCACCGCUGGGAUUAAUUGAUAAAAGUCAUAUGGUAAAAUAAAUAAAUAAAACUAAGAUCCACUGAACACAGCAACAUUUAAUUUUUACAAUAUACUUCUAAUGUGCUAUCAGAACUGUACAAGAAUAACAGUAAUGGAAACCCAAACGAGCAGUCCCUCACAACUGGAGCUAGUUAACUGGUGCAGAGGAGAGUUGGUAGACGUAAAACAUGCCCUCCUACUGUAUGGAGUGCCUGAAAGUGUUUCAAUAGCUGAGAUAGAAGAAACAGCAGAGUCUAUCAAAGUUUUAGGUAAAGUGGUGGUUAGAGGAAAAAUGUUUCACCCACAACAGCAGUCCCUCAUGGUGUUGUGCGAGUGCCGUGAAGUGAUAGACCCCACUAAAAUCCCCCCAGAAGUGAUGCCAAUAAGUGGUGGAAGUAUCUGGAAAGCAGUGUACUAUGUAGAGCCCCAGACUGAUAAGUUUGAAGAGAAACUACUCACCUUUCUGAGAAAUGAAGGAAAAACCUUAGAGGAUGUCCAGAGUGCCUGCAUUCUCCCAAGUGCAGGAGACAACAACUCAGAGGCUAUCAUUCGUGCAGUGGGUGAUAUAAUGAGCAAAACAAGCAGACCAACAGACAGCUAUGGCUACAGACGACUACGGACAUUCUCCGGGGUCAGUCCCACCCCUGUUGGAGAGGAGUCCCUAUACAUGUGGCUGGAGCAAGCAACACUCUUAGUAGAUGAAGGUGAGUGCUCCGACAAAGAGAAACGACGACGGAUACUGGAGAGUCUCAAAGGCCCCGCCUUGGAAAUCAUUCAGGCUGUUCGUAUGACUGAACCAGAUGCUAGCCCCCAUGAUUACAUAGAGGCCAUAGAGAGCAUUUUUGGUACAGUAGAAUCUGGAGAGGAACUCUAUUUGUCAUUUAGAGCCCUGCGUCAGCAGUCCGGAGAACGUCUGUCUGACUUCCUGCGAAGAUUAGAGAGGUCUCUUGUUAAAGUAGUGCAGGCAGGUGGUUUACCUGUUAGUUCCGCUAACAAAGCCAGAGUAGAGCAACUUAUUAGAGGUUCAACUUCUGAUCUCAUGUUGCUUCAGUUGAAAAUUAGGGAGCGGAAAGACGAUCCCCCAUCUUUUCUGAACUUGCUACGAGAAAUGAUUGAAGAGGAAAGCCGACAGUCUGCUAGACAAAGCCAGACAGCACCUGUACGUCGUCAGCAUGUACGCACCAUACAGGCUGAAAAGGAGAAAGAGCCUGAUUCAACCACUCAGCGUGAACUGGAGGCUCAAAUUCAAGAAUUGAAAGCGCAGUUGGAGAAAAGAAACAACUCAUGGUCCCAAUUGCCGCCGGAUGAUUCUGUCAGGAGUCCAAAAGAAAAGGAAAAGAAAAAACAAAAAAUUGAGUCACAAAGUGAACUGAAGUCACUUAGAAAACAGGUGGAAGCUCUAGAAAAUAAGAUGAGUGUAAUGGCAGUGAACUACACAUCAGCCCCCAAGCCCGAGAACAUGACACAGCCCAGUAGACACAAAGCAGCCCAAAACCACAAGCCUAUUCCUUUCAAAACGUCACCUUCCAAAGAUUUUGAUGAGUACUUCUGUUACAAGUGUGGAGAAAAUGGUCAUAUAGCCAACAGAUGCACAUCAGCAGAGAACCCACAGAAAGUCAUAAGAAAACUCAUUCGUGUAGUGCGAGGAGCACCUGAUCCCACUAAAACAAACCCAAAGCAUGCAGCAGAAGAUCCGUGUGUUGCUAAAGUCAACAAAAUUGAAGUCCCUGAAAAAGAUGCUAGCUUACCUGAGGGUCUUGUAGGUCCAUCAUUCAUCCAUACCAUCAAAGUAAAUGAUGUGUCCUGCAAUGCGCUCAUUGACAGUGGGAACACCUGGCGGAUGUCCCCUUAA